AUGAAAUCUUCGUUCCACCAAAUCACGGUGCACCGCGAAACAAUCCCUUUGACGGCAUUCGUGACAUCUUCCGGGCUUUUCGAGUGGUUGAAGAUGCCUCAAGGCAGUUCGGCUGCCCCUGGGUGGUUUUGCAAAGUUGUCAACGAAGCCAUCAAAAACCUCUACGGUGUUGCAUCGUACUUGGAUGAUUUGAUCGUCUUUGAUGACACCCCUUCUACUCAUGUUGGUACCAUGCGCGCACUCUUUGAACGCUUGCGUACGCACAACUUGAAACUCAUGCCUCCUACUUUUGGCGCUACUGAAGCAGACUUCCUCGGACACACCAUCUCCCCUGACGGCGUUAGGCUUAACGGUGCCAAGGUUUCGGCCCUCACCAAAAUGCCUAAGCCCAGGGAUGUCAAGCAACUGCGUUCCCUUCUCGGUGGUCUCAGCUACUACCGUAAGUUCCUCCCUAACAUGGCUAAACGCAUUCGACCUCUGACUACUCUACUCAAGAGGCAGGAGAAGUUUAUCUUCACCCCUUCCAUGGAGCAAGCCGUUCGCGUUUUGUUAGCUGAGUUGACCAAUCCCCCUGUUUUGGUUUAUCCAGAGUGGGAUGCUGUUUCAGACGGCUCGCGACCUUUUCAUCUUUACUGUGAUGCUAGUCGCGAUGGGUUUGGUGGGACUCUCGGACAAGAACAGCCAGAUGGUUUCAUUCGCCCAAUCGUCUUCAUCAGUCGGGCUACUUUGGACUCAGAACGCCACUGGACUCCCCUCGAUCUCGAGGCGGGUAGCAUCGUGUGGUGUAUCAAGCGCCUUCGCGGCUACUUGUGCGGUACAAAAUUUCGCAGUUUUACCAACCACAAAUCUCUCGAGCAUUUUGCUAAGGUGGGGGAGACAAUACCCGCGUUCAGCGCUGGCUGGAAUUUCUUACCGCCUACAAUUACACUCUCGAGUAUCGCAAGGGUUCCGCAAAUGGCAACGAUGAUUUCCUCUCACGCCUCCCAGUCGCUGCGGCUGAAUGCGACCGUUCGGGUCGCAGCCGUCUGA